CAUAGAUGUAAAAUAAUUUCAGAGCUCGGAACAUCGAAGAAAAUACUCAAGAAAAAGUGGGCGUUUAAACAAGUAAACGCAAUGCGAUUGUAGUAUAACUUUAAAAGUAAAGUCCUGUGUGUAGAGAUGUCUCUGUUUAAAGCCCGGGACUGGUGGUCCACGUCUGUGGGGGAGGAGGAAGAGUUUGAUAAUGGAUGUCUGUGUGUGGCCAAUGUUGACAACAGUACUGACGAAAUAGAUAAAAUUGUGAUAGGAAGUUAUCAUGGGAUUCUUCGAAUAUUCAACCCAAAACCAACCAAAACAGAAAAUGGCUGGAGCGGUUUCAGACCUGAAGAUGUCUUACUGGAAUCCCCCUUACAAAACCCCAUUCUUCAGCUUGAAACUGGAAAAUUUGUCUCCGGUUCUGACAAGCUUCAUCUAGCCAUCCUUCAUCCUAGAAAACUAGCAGUCUACAAUGUUGCAGCCAUGACGGGGGCAGUUGAGCAUGGUAUACAGUACCAGAUGACGCUAGCGUAUGAACACAAGCUUCAGAGAACGGCUUUCAACUUCUGUUUUGGGCCUUUUGGACAGGUUAAAGGGAAGGAUUUUAUAUGCGUGCAAUCAAUGGACGGCACGGUGUCUAUAUUUGAACAGGAAAGUUUUGCGUUCAGUCGGUUUUUACCGAACGCACUUCUUCCUGGACCAAUCAAAUACCUUCCUCGAUUGGACAGCUUCAUUACAGUGUCAUCACAAUGGCAGUUGGAGUGCUAUAAGUACCAAGUGCUAGCACAGGCGACUGACUCCAAGUCCAGGGAGGAGUCACAAAGCAUCAAGUCUGGCAAAAGAGUUAUUCCUGACUGGUGUUUCAACAUUGGAGAGCAGGCAGUAGACCUAGCUGUGGUCAGUUUUCAGACCGCUCCUCCAUCCAUAUUGGUCCUAGGGGAGAGAAAUCUGUUCUGCCUCACAGAGACGGGGCAGUUGCGGUUCAUGAAGAAGUUUGACUACGACGUCAGCUGUUUUACACCCUAUGCCUCAAUAACGGAAGGAUCCAUCAACUACUUGCUGGCUUCUCACACACAGACAUUGAUGAUUUACCAGGAUAUUGGUCUUAAGUGGGCUGCCAAGCUGGACAGUGUGCCCAUCAUGGUCCGAGUAGGAAACUUCCAUGAGUUGAAGGGGGUAAUAGUCACAUUAAGUGACACUGGCAGACUUGAAUGUUCGUACCUGGGGACGGACCCGUCACUAUUCAUACCUCCACCAGUGGAGAGUAGAGAGCUGAACUACGGGGACAUGGAUCGUGAGAUGGCUCAAUUACAGAAGGUUAUAAAAGACCAACAAGCAAAAUCAGCAAUAAUGCCGAACUUGACAGGGAAGGAGGAGGAUCUGACCAUUUACGUGCAUGUAUCACCAAACCUGGAUGAUGUCUCGAUGGCGACCGGUGUUGAAAUUGACGGAGAACCUGUGCCUUCCAUAACAGUGAGAAUACAGAUGAAGUCGAGAUUGCGGCUGGAGAAUAUUAAACUCACAGUCCACGUACAAUGGCCCCUGGCCUCCAACCUGACAAAUUUUACAAUCCCUAGCGUAGAUCCUGGUCAGCCUUCAGAGUCAUUCUGUGCAUUUUUCAUACGGGGCAAGGCGUUGCCUGCAGAUCUGUCUGCACAAGUGUCGGCAAAAUACAUCAGUACAACCGGUGCUGUCAGGAUUGCCUCGGCCCAUAUCAAGCUUCCGUUGAAGCUGAUCGUCAAGCCGGUGUUGCCCGUGAAAAACGCGCUGUUCAAAAUCACCCUUGACACCAACAAACAGCCCACAAAUCUCAAUGAUAUUUUCCCAGAUCUUCUGGGGGAGAAUGCCGGGGGACAGGGGGCAGCUCUCGGCUUCCAGUACUUUGGUGGGCCAGUAGUGACAGUGCUGGCUUCUAAAACUUCAAAUCGGUACCGCCUACAAUGUGACCUUUUCGAGGGCUUGUGGUACGUCGUGCGAGACCUCAGUUCGCGCCUCAAUAACCAUUUUAACAAGGGGAACAUCAAGGGUUUCAACGUCUCCUUCACGGGCCAGGUCCCCCUCAAUGACUACUUCGAUAUCAUUGAGAACCAUUUUGAGCAUAGAAUGAACGCAGAAAGCUGCAAGGAAAUGCUUUCUCAACGAGCGUCACAAUUCCGAGCCAUCCAGCGACGAUUAUUGACACGUUUCAAGGACAAAACUCCAGCCCCGUUACAAAACCUCGACACAUUGCUAGAAGGCACAUAUAGACAAUUGAUUCAUUUAGCAGAGACUAUACAGGAAAACGAUCUUCAGUUAGAAGUUGCGGCGAACGCCCUCAGUUGUGCCACAAACUUGUUUAACUUUAUUCUCAAACUGUGGACUAAUAUGUCAGAGGAGGAAUUCGCCGUGUUACAGUCAAGUGUUACCGGCCUUGUUGUGGAUACUUUAGAAGCUGGCUGGGAGGAGACAGUUGAUGCCUCUGUGACCCACCUGCUCCGUACAGUGCUCGCAAAGUCUGCCAAGGACCAGACGCUAAACCCCGCCCCUCUUAAACUCCCAGAAGACACGAGCAAAGUGAAGAAACACCUCGCUCUUCUUUGUGAUAAGCUCAGUAAAGGGGCUCGGCUGGUGGAUGGUCUCCCAAUGAAUACUGGAGUAUCUCAAGCUGAUAAACCUGAGAAGAAGAAUAAAGUGUCCUCCACAAGACAAACUGUGAUAGAAAAUGGCGACAUGGAUCACCAUGACAACGAUGACAAUACAGAGACUCUGAUUGGCUCACAGUUUAGCCGAGCUAAAAAUAGAGACAGAGAUGACAUGAAUAGUAAUGGACUGCCAUCUUUAAAACCGCUGGCCUCGAAGAUUCACGAACCUGAUGGUGUGUACGAGUCAAAGAAGAAGAAGGACAAAAUUGCAGCCUUGGUACCAGACCUUGAAGAAAUGAAUUAUGAGGCGCCAAAUCUGCUACCCCUGGAUGAUGACUAGCGGAGAAAUUUAGAAGGAAAAAAACACAGAAUCCUGUAUGCCAACACGUUGUUAUGCUGUAACUGUGACAACAAGAAUGCUGUUACCAUGACAACAAGAAAUCCACCAACUGACACAGCAGUGAUGGUGAAAGUGCCCUAUUUUUGUUUGUUUUCUGUUUUAAGUCAAAUAAAAACUUAUGCUCUGGAAUCAGAGGCAGGCAGUUUCUUGCUUGUUUCCACUGGACAAUUAAUACAAUAUUAAUUGUGUGAUAUGUCAUUGAAAAUCAUUGAGCUUGUGACCUGCAUGUUAAAGCUGCACUCUCACAGAUUGAACGUUUUGACAACUGUUUUAUUUUUUGUCUUCGAACGAGCCAAUUUAUGCGAAAAUGCAUGGAAACCAGUUAUAUAAGACUGCUGACAAAACAUCAGAUCGCAAAUCUUAUUUAAGUUAAAAAAUGUUUGAUGCAUGUUUUCUUAAACUGUUAGUAACGCUUUUUGCCAUAAAACAUUAAUUUUCUUACAGAAAUAUGGACAUCUGCAAUCUGAUCUUUUGACAGGAGUUUUAUAUCACUGGUUUGCUGAUAUUUAUACAAAAAUUGGCUCAUUCCAAGACAAAAAAUAAAAAAGAUGUCAAAACUGUCAAUCUGUGGGAGUGCAGAUUUAAUGACUUGUGCAGACCAUAUUUUUGUAAAGAAUAGUGUGUGGGUCAGGGAUUCAAAACUAUUUUUAGACAAAACGUUCCUUUGAAAAUCCCACAGAACAAUUAAUGUCACUUUUGUGAUAAAUCAGUGUCAUGAUCGGAAAUUGUUCCUUUAGGGAUCACAAUGUUUAUGCGCAUUCCAUAUUUUUAUAAAGAAUAAAGUGUGUCUGGUAUUGGAAUCUUGAUAUUUUGGGAUAGUUGAUUCCUAUAAGAGGCCACAGAGUAAUAAAUGUUACAUGUGUGAUUCAUCAUUGUCAUCAGAAAUCAUUAUUAUUGUGGUUUUAAAUGAUUAUAUGCUGUUAGUCCAUAAUUAUAGUGAAAAAGGGUGUAUGGGAUUUGAACCAAGAUACUUUUACACAAACGGUUGAUCUUUGGUUCUACCUAGUGCACCAGUCAAUUGUAACCACGGCUCCCUCAGGUCAGGGGAAUGGCGGGGAAUUUGACUUUAAGUCCAGCAAAUACCAGGUAAAAUCCUCGCUCUGCGGAGACAAACUGCUGGUAAAAUCCCCGGCAAAUGCCCCCAGAGGACAUCCUAGGUAAAUCCCAUUCCCACUAUUUUUUGCGCGAAAAUCAAACCAUCGCAUAACCGGGGCGGGGGGUAUGGGGGGGGUUGUGGUUUCAAUUGACAGAUGCAUUAGGGCUAUUGUGUUAAUAUAAUGAUAUGAUACAUCAUUUUAAUGAAGUUCAAAAACUGUGGUGUUCUUUUGUAUGUACCUUGUAGGUAUAUUGUCGAGCUAUGUAAUUAUUUACUAACACCACUUAUGUAUAUGGCUUUAAAUCCAACUUGCAUGCUUACAUAUUUAUGCUUUGUUAAAGAAAUCCGUUAUUUUAGCCUUUAAUUAUGUGAUACCGUAUUUGUCCUUGAAGAUGUGCAUGUCCAAAUAAAACCAUCCAAGCCCCUUAAUUAAACCUACACUCUCACAGAUUGACUGAUUUGACAACUUUUUGUGAACCAAUUUUUGUGUAAAUGUCUGGAAACCAUUGAUAGAAGGCUGCUGACGAAAGAUCUUAUCACAGUUUUUCAUAUUAUGGUUCGAAAUUAGAUGUUUUAAGCAUUAUUAAUGCUUUAAGAAAAAUAAAAUUUUCAGCAGUUUUUCAAACAAUUGAGAUCUGUUCAAUUGUUAGUCAAUUAUUUUAUAUGACUGAAUUGAAGGCAUUGAUACCAAAAUCAGCAGUUUAUGAGACAAAAACUAAAACAAUGUCAAAUCUGUGAGACUGCAGCUUUAAUGUAUAAAUGCUUAAUCAGAUUCAAAACAUCAACACAUUUAGCUUAUUUUGCUGUGAAAUGAACUAUGAACUAUGAGCAUAAUUUUUUUACUUAUAAAUUUUGACUCCUGGGCUGGUAUUCAAUAUUGGUCUUUAUUUGAUCUAAGACCGAUGUAGCUAAUUGGAUUACUUGUUAUUAAUAACUGACCAAUAGAGUGAAUGAAGUCAAUGAUGUAUGACCCUAAGAUUAGCUUAAGUUGCAUUUUGAAUACCACCCCUGCGGCAGGAUUUAUUAAGGACAAGUACGGUAUCUGUUUUUGACAUUUUAGUUCAGACAUAGAAAAUCAACAUGUAUUAGAAUCAAAGUUGUGCCUUUUAUUAAGACAUUGCACAAAUUUUUCGUAAAUAUACUUUUCAAAUAUAUAAACAAUGUAUACCGGUAUGUAAUUAUUUAUGAUGAUUUUUUUCAUUCUGCUCAAAAACUGUGUUUACUUGUGUAGAUUUUUACAGUACUGUCUAUUUAUGAGUGCUUGUUUUGGGUUGUAAAAGCUGUUAAGUUAGGUGUAUUUUUGCAUGGUAUGUGAUUCAAGACAGAAAAAAAAUUCUCGGAAGGCAGUACAAACAUGAAGUUAACACAAAAUGUGAGAUUUAAAGGCACCCAAUAUUGAAAAUAUAUGGAAACCAGUGAUAUAAUCUGCUGACAAAAUAUCAUGUCGCAGUUUUUAAUAUUUAAGUCCAAAAAUUGAAGUUUUGUGGCUAAAAACGUUUCUAACGCUUUAAGAAAAAUGAGUGUUUCCGCAUAAAACAUCAAUUUUCGAAUGUAAAUAUGAAAAACUGCAAUCUGAGCCUGUGUCAGCAGUCUUAUAGCACUGGUUCAAAGACAUUUACGCAAAAGUUUGCUCAUUCUAGGACAAAGAUAAAAAAGCUGUCAAAAGAGUCAAUCUGUGAGAGUGAAACUUUAAGACUAAAUGCGAAACAAAAGUGCCCUUUCUGACCUAACACCCUGCCCUUUUCAAAUCCUGGCUGGAGCACUGCUUGCAGUAUAUAUAUGAAUAUAAUCCAAAGGUUUUUGAGCUUUGUAAAUUAAGGACAUAGUGCUUCUUUAAGCACUGUUAUUAUACAUAUCUAUUAUUCAUCUAAUCCGUCCGGAAACUUGAUUAGAAGUGAAAUUUUGCCAUGUGAGAAGUGAAAUUUUGCCAUGUGAUGUAAAUGAGUACUAUAUAUUAAAUUAUUAUAAUUGUUAUUUAAAUUAAUAUGACUUGGAGUAUACGUGUAUGAAAUUGUUGUGCUUGUUAUGUUAUGGGUAUGAAUAUCACUUUGGAAGAGAUAUGUGUGAUCAUGACUUAAAGUGACACUCUUAUUCAAAAAUAAAUGCAUUCACAUGUAUAACAAACAUAAAUUUUGAGUGAUAAACCUUUAACUACUUACUAAAUAAUACAUUUAUGGGAAAUAUUAAUUACUGAUAACAAGAUUUUAACCGUGUAUUUAAUAGCUGAAAAUGCAAAAAUAUUAAAUGAUUGGUGAGUGCUAAAAGAUUUACUGCGAUCUACUAUCAUCUCAUAAGGUAGAAUUACCCUGUUUUCUGCACCUUCAAUCUUUUAAAUUAAACUUGUUAUCCUGCAUAAGAAGCAUUGUUUUCGAUGUUUAUUCAUCCUUUUUGAUUUCAUAAAACAGUUUUAUUAAAUGUGGUAGAGCUUAUUUUGGAGUAAGAUGCAUCUAUAAUGAAUGACAUUGUUUAUUGCUAUGGUGAGAAAUGUUGAUUUGCUGUAUGUCUGAAAUAAUGAAGAUGUAAAAACAUGCAUAUUCUGUUUUUGUUGUUUUUGGCUAACCUAUAUUAAACUAAGUUUUAUUUAUUUGAUACUUUUUUUGUAAUGAAAUUUUUAAAUAUUUAGUCUUUUCCUUUGUAAAUAAACAUUUAUUUAUCUGAUUAGAAAUCUCAUAAUUCCUUCAAUCGCUGUUUUCUCAAUGCUCCGUCCAUAUUAUCAUUAUUUUUUCAGGUAAUUUAUUUGUAUUAUACCAAAAGUAUAAUUUGUCUUUUAUCUCGUAUAAUUGAUUGAUUUGUUGAUUAAUUGAUUUAGAAUUCUAGAUUAAUUAAUUAAGUAUAAUGAUGUCAUUUUAGUUAGAAGAUUAUUUCUUAUCUUUUUCAUCAAAAAUAGGGUAGAUAACUGGGCAUGGAAAUGACAAAGGUUUAGCAUAGAGCAGACAUCAAUUAAACUUUAAAAUUUGACAUAUACUUCUAAAAUUUGGCAUAUACUUCUAAUUGUAUUCUGGUACUCAAGUGACAAGAUGUUUUCCUCGAUAUUUCUGUUAGAAACAUCCCAGUAGGCUUAUGUCAGAAGUUAAUUGUUUGAUAACAAUAUUUCUACAAUUUUCUAUAUGACCCUAAAUUUUGUUGAGUGUUUUUAAGUUCAGGUUUCCAAUGUAAAUAAAUCAAUUAUUCUUUGAAGUGUUUUUUGCAGCUAGAAUUAUCAAGUAAAAACAGUCAUUCAUUGACAGAAAGUGAUGUUUGCUGUUGAUCUAUAUUUUCACACACAAUUGACAUCAGCUCUACUUGUUUUUGCAAAAGUUCAUUCUGGAAAACAUUUUGGAAUAAUUUGGUAGAUUAUGCAACCCAUCUUCCAUUCUAUCAUAACUUUUAUGAUAAAAAAAAACCAGUGAACAUAACAAUGAUUUUUUUCAUUGGAUGUGAAUAAUAAGGAAUCUCUCUUUGAACAUUACAAACAUUUCUUCACACAUUAGAUUGAAUUUGGUGACACAGAAUAUAUUAAAUAAGAAAAGCAUACUAUCCUUUUUUUAGUGUAAACAUGAUAUCACACACAUACUUGUCUAAAAGAAAAGGCGCAUCAUAUAUUUUGGGUAUAUAUUUAUCCCAAAUAUCAACCAAUGAAAUGUCUGCAAAAGUUGUAAUAUUGUGUUGUUUUGCCUUGUUUAUGAAUGAACCAAUGUAUUUUAUUGAUGACAUUCCAUGUGCUUUAAGAUUUAAAACACUUGUUGAUUUUUCUUGACUGAACAAUGGUUGUGUAUUUUUACAGAUCUUCAUAUGAAAUAAAACACAAUGAAA